AUGUCCGCCUCGGUGGGGCCCCAAGGCGGCCCUCGCCCACCCACCGCGCCGCCAUCCAUGCCGGAUCUGCCGGACCUCAGCCACCUCACCGAAGAGGAGAGGAAGAUCAUCAUGGCAGUGAUGGCUCGGCAAAAGGAGGAAGAGGAUAAAGAACAAGCCAUGCUAAAAACACUGCACCAGCAGUUUGAGAGCUACAAACAGGAGGUGCGUCGCAUUGGAGCGGAGACGCGGCGUCAGCAGACCCAGCAGAAGGAUGACGCACCCACCUGCGGUAUCUGCCGCAAGACCAAGUUUGCAGACGGCUGCGGCCACCUUUGCUCCUACUGCCAGACCAAAUUCUGCGCUCGCUGCGGGGGCCGGGUCUCCCUGCGCUCCAACAAUGAGGACAAAGUGUGUCUCAUAGUGAAGGACAGGGUAAUGUGGGUAUGCAACCUGUGCCGUAAGCAACAGGAGAUUCUCACCAAAUCAGGAGAAUGGUUUUCGGGGUCAGGGGUGCGGCCUGGGAGCCUGGGCACCUCUUUGACCGACCCAGCCACGGGAGGUGAGGCCCAACGGGACAGGAAGCUACUUCGCUCCAGGUCCCAAGCCCCACCCUCCACCAAUUCCAACGCAGGCCUGCCAGACGGGACACAGCCACCCCCUGGUGUCACUGCUGCCAAGGGUGCUGACACCAUGCCUGGCUCCCGCUCCCAAAGUGAACCACCCAGAGAAAAGAAAAGGCCAGUUUCCCUCCAUGAACAAAAUGGUAAGGGAGGCAUGGGGCGCGGUAGUGGGCGGAGGCCUGCUGGGAAGUUGCCUUCUCAGUCAUCCCUGGAUGAGCGGGUAGGCCCCGCCGACCGAGGAGAGAGACGGUUAGGAGAUGGCCGGAGACUGGAGAAGAUCCAUUCUCAGGACUAUGAGGAUGGGGAGGAGAAUUUGGGUCGUUUAGAAACACACCGCAGACGCCAAGAUGAUGAGGAACAGAGAGAGCGCCAGCGCCGUGAGGAGGAGUUCCAGAAUCGUUACCGUAGUGACCCCAACCUUGCCCGAUACCCAGUUAAACCGCAGAAGGAGGAGCAGGAGAUGCGCAUGCAUGCUAAAGUUUCCAAGGUCCGUCAUGAACGACGACACAGUGAUCUAGCGAUCAAUGAGGUUGGACUAGGGCCUGGCGAAGGAGGUGCAGGGGAGGUACCUGAAAACCGACUGGCCAGGAGAGGUGGAGGUGGGGAGGGAGACCGCAAGGCCGUCUUGGAGAACCACCAAGCUUACUCUGUGGAUAGGACCGUGGGGGUUGGAGGGGGACCUCCCCCUGUAGGUGGUGUGAGAUCAGGGCCCCAACCUGGGGGACCAGUGCCUCCAGAUUGGGGCCCGAACAAGGGCCGCCUAGAGCCCGGUACAACACGGACACCAAGGGACAAAGGUGGGGAUAACCUGCUGAGGAAGGACUCUCAAAGCUCAGACCAGUCGGAAUCUUUGCGGCCACCCCCUCCACGGUCAUACAAGAGCAAACGCGGAGUCAACAAGAGGCAGAUGUCCAUCAGCAGCUCAGAGGAGGAGGGCGGCUCCACGCCCGAGUACACCAGCUGUGAGGACGUGGACAUGGAAAGCGUCAGCGAGAAAGGUGACUGGGAUUGUCAUCCACUAGAUCCUACAGUGUGGCAUCAUCCAGUUACAUGGCAGCCAUCCAAAGAGGGCGAUCACCUGAUCGGGCGCAUCACUCUAAGCAAGAGGUCUGCCAUGCCCCGAGAAGCUGGCUCCCUCCUCGGCCUAAAAGUGGUAGGAGGGAAGAUGACAGAGACAGGGAGACUUGGGGCCUUCAUCACCAAAGUCAAGAAAGGCAGCCUAGCAGAUGUCGUGGGACACCUACGAGCAGGUGACGAGGUUUUGCAGUGGAAUGGGAAGUCGUUGCCAGGAGCAACCAAGAAAGAAGUGUACAACAUUAUCCUUGAAUCCAAGGCUGAGCCUCAAGUGGAGAUUGUUGUUUCAAGACCUAUCGGAGACAUCCCAAGAAUCCCAGAGUCAUCCCACCCUCCUCUAGAAUCUACAGGCUCCAGUUCCUUCGAGUCACAGAAAAUGGACCGUCCCUCUAUAUCAGUAAUGUCCCCUACUAGCCCCGGGACCCUCAGAGACCUUCCUGUGGUAUUGCCUGGACAGCUCUCUGUGAAACUGUGGUACGACAAAGUGGGCCAUCAGUUGAUCGUCAACGUCCUUCAAGCCAUAGACCUGCCACCCCGACCAGACGGACGACCUCGGAACCCCUAUGUCAAGAUGUACUUCCUGCCUGAUAGAAGUGAUAAGAGUAAACGACGGACUAAAACAGUGAAGAAGAGCGCCGAGCCCAAGUGGAACCAGACCUUCUUAUAUUCCCACGUUCACAGACGGGACUUCCGAGAACGCAUGCUAGAGAUCACUGUCUGGGACCAGCCCAGGGUCCAGGAGGAGGAAAGCGAAUUUCUGGGCGAGAUCCUGAUAGAGUUGGAGACCGCCUUGCUGGACGACAUUCCUCAUUGGUAUAAACUCCAGACGCAUGACGUGUCCUCUAUACCUCUGCCACAGCCUUCUCCGUACCUCCCACGCAGACAUGUCCAUGGAGACAGCCCCAGCAAGAAACUACAGAGGUCUCAUCGCAUCAUUGAUACAGAGUUUGAUGAUGGUUUGAUAGUAACUAAAGAUGCAGAGCGUAACUCGAGGGAGAGAGAGCGAGGCAGUACUCUGGCUGUGCCCGAGCAGCAGCGAACCGUCCAGCACCGCUCCCGCUCGGUGUCUCCUCACAGAGAAGACUCCUGCAGGGCGAGGUCACGACCCGCACACGUGCCCAUGCAAAGGAGUCUGGAUGAGAUCCACCAGAACCGCCCCCACUCCCACUCCCCCUCCCCCUCCCGCUACCACGACUCCCACUUGGAGCAUCAGCGCUCCGGUGACUCGGACUACGAGUACUCUGAGGACAGUGAGGUCCUGGAGAUGCACAGGUCUAUCCGGGGCGGGAGUGCCGAGUGCCUGCACACAAACAGGGGCGUAGGUAGAUACAGCAACACACUCCCCCCCAAAAUGCCCCUGUUAGUAAACGGUAUCCAUAAAGACAUUUACAGCGACCUGCAGCCAUCGUUGGACAGAGUGAGGAGUGCCAGCACCACUUGUCUGAGACCAGACACCAACUUUCACUCUCCUGACAGAGACAGGUGCUCCAACUCUUUGCCCCGCAAGACUCCCCCAAGACCCAGGAUCUUAGUAGAACAUGUGGCCCCUGAGGAAGACAGGCAGUGUAGCAAUUCAUCAAGUCCGAACUGUCUAAGGGGCAGCAAAAAAAGCCUGGAGGGUGACAGUCGCAUCCAGCCCACCUCUAUCCUGAGGGGCAGUAGGGGGAGAGGGGGCCCACUGAGGCCCUUUGGCCAGACAGCCCUGGCAGGGUCCUGUACUAACUCGCCACGGCCAGACAGGUGCAUAGCACACCAUCACGGCAGCCCCUCUUCUCCCACUGGGACUCCCUCACCAGGUCGCAGGGGCAGGCAGCUGCCGCAGCUCCCUGCAAAGAGCAGCAGCAUAGAGCAAGUCCUUGCGGCAGAGGAGCGAGCCCGACAGCUGCAGAUGAAAGUACAUUCCUACCGGCCUUCAGCCUCCCACGACCCCGAGACGGACCUCAAGACCAAGCGGGAGAUGUACGCAGAACAGAGGCGCAGCAGUGACAACAUGUCGGCCAGAUCGUCAGACAGUGAUAUGAGUGAUGUGUCAGCUCUCUCCCGUGCCAGCAGUGCCUCCCGCCUCAGUAGCACCAGCUACAUGUCUAUCCAAUCAGAACGACCCGGGGGACGACUCAGUAGGCAGAUGCGAGCGUCGGCGGGCCGCAGCAUGCCGAAGAGCUCCAGCGUGAGCGGGGAGAUCUACACCCAAGAGCGCACAGACGGCAGCCAAUCGGACACGGCGCUGGGCACGGUGGGCGGCGGCAGCAAAAAGAGACGCUCCAGCCUCAGCGCCAGGGUGGUGGCCAUCGUGGGUAACCGCCGCAGCCGCAGCACUUCACAGAUCAGCGGCCCUGAGGGGAAGAGUAAGAAGGAGAAGGGUGCGCCCAUCCAGAGGAGCACAGAGACCGGCAUGGCAGUGGAGCUGACCAGGAACAUGAGCCGCCAGCCCAGCAGAGAGUCCAACAAUGGCAGCAUGAACAGCUGCAACUCUGAGGGAAAUUUCUGUGUUAGUUUGCUCUUCUCUGGAGUCAAUCUGGGUGCCAGCAGUCAGUUCAGUGACUUCCUGGAUGGUCUGGGACCGGCUCAGUUAGUGGGCAGGCAGACACUGGCUACACCUGCCAUAGGUGACAUCCAGAUUGGGAUGAUGGAGAAAAAGGGUCACCUGGAGGUUGAAGUUAUCAGAGCGCGUGGACUCGUCCAAAAGCCAGGAUCCAAAUCUCUCCCUGCUCCGUAUGUCAAAGUCUAUCUGCUGAAUAAUGGAGCGUACGUAGCCAAAAAGAAAACCAAGAUUGCACGGAAAACACUUGACCCACUGUACCAGCAAGCACUGCUAUUCGAGGAAAGCCCACAGGGUAAAGUCUUACAGGUGAUUGUAUGGGGAGACUACGGCCGCAUGGACCAUAAAAGCUUCAUGGGAGUUGCACAAAUCCUAUUGGAGGAACUGGACUUAUCAAGCACAGUAAUCGGUUGGUACAAGUUGUUCCCACCUUCCUCCUUGGUGGAUCCGACGCUCGCCUCCCUAACACGGCGAGCUUCCCAGUCAUCGCUGGACAGCUCUUCCGGACCACCCGGGGUCCGAUCCUAG